ACAUUUUUUAAAAAACAUUUUUGGCUCUCGAGUCUUAACUUAAACUGUAAGCGAGUGUUCAGUGGUUUUUCCUUCGAUGUGAAUAAACAUGCUUUAUCAGACCAGUUGUCACCCAAGAGAAAGGUGUUUUCUAGGCUUGGUUGGGGGUUGGCAGCGUCUCUUAUUGCUAUCACAGGUCUUAUGCUUAACAGCUCCUUUAACGGCCCUGUUGUGGGAUCUUUGUUCCAAGGGUAUUAUGGUGUUAGCGACGCCACGAUUUCACUUCAUUUUUCUUCUUUUUCUUCCGUUAGUAAAGCUACUGUGGAUACUCAAAAUACGUUAGAAGUUGACAAUGGUUCUUCAGUGAUUGCUAAAAAGCAAGAAUUUUGGGAGGAUGAGGUUGACAUUGAUAGAGAGGGAACCCAGUUGAAGAAUUCUUAUGAGGGGUCUAAAACUGGAAACUUUGAUGUUGUGGAAGGAAGGAUUCAACAGAUUGCCCAAGAUGCAAAUGGUUCAGUUGUUUCCAAAAAUGGUGAUGAAGUGAUUUUGGAGAAGACCUGGUUAGGGAAUUUCUCCAAGAUAUUAAAUAAUGCUACUUUAGCUGGUAAAAAUGUGAAUGCCAAUAUAGUUGUUGAUAAUCCUGGUGGUGCUAAUAAUGUGACCAAUUUGUCAAAUAAUGGGGAAGUUGUUGGACAUUUUUUUGCAGAAAAGAAGGUUGUGGAAUUGAAUAAAACCACGAACUCUCCUGGUGGUGAUGAUCAUCCUCGAGUUGUGAAAGGACCCAAUGGUUCUUUUUAGGAAUGUGAUCUCUUUGAUGGUAGGUGGGUGAAGGAUGAUCAUUCAAAGCUGUAUUAUCGUCCAGGUUCUUGUCCUUACAUUGAUAAAGAUUUUGAUUGUCAGCACAAUGGAAGGCCUGAUAAAGGCUACAUUAAAUGGAAAUGGCAGCCAAAUGGAUGCAACUUACCAAGGCUAAAUGCAACUGAUUUUCUAGAGAGACUAGGGAAAAGGUUGGUUUUUAUUGGGGAUUCACUGAAUUGGAACAUGUGGGAGUCUAUGGUUUGUAUCCUCCGCCGAAAUGUCAAGAAGAGGAAACGAGUUUACGAAAUUUCUGAAAGAAGUGAUUUUAAAAAGAAGGGGGUUUAUGCUUUCAGGUUUGAAGAUUAAAAUUGCUCGGGGCACUUUGUUGCUUCCCCAUUUCUUGUUAAAGAAUCAUCUUUCAAGCGAGAAAAUGGAUCGAUUGAGAUACUAAGAUUGGAUUUAAUGAAUCCUUCAACUUCAAUGUAUCAUGAUGCUGAUCUCAUGGUAUUCAACACUGGUCAUUGGUGGACCUAUGAGAAAACCUCCAAAGGAGAAGACUAUUACCAAGAAGGUGAUUAUGUUUACCCACGACUCAAAGUCUUGAAUGCUUAUCAGAAGGCACUCACAACAUGGUCCAGAUGGGUUGACAAGAAUGUUGAUAGCCACAGAACUCAGGUUUUCUUCAAGGGAUAUUCGGUUACACAUUUUGCAGGGGGCCAGUGGAACUCAAGAGGACAAUGCGACAAGGAAACUGAACCCAUUUUGAAUGAAACUUACUUGACCAAGUACCCUUCAAAAAUGAGAGCUGUAGAAUAUGUUAUCCAAAAUACCAAAACUCCAGUUAUUUAUCUGAAUAUAAGCAGGCUUACAGAUUAUAGGAAAGACGGGCAUCCUUCUAUUUACAGAAGAGAAUAUAAGACGGAACAAGAAGGGAAUGCUGCAGGGAGAGUUCAAUAUUGCAGUCAUUGGUGCUUACCUAGAGUACCCGACACUUGGAACGAGCUGCUAUAUGCUUUGCAGGUGAAGGCUGGAAGGGAAAUUUAGAGAAACUGAAAAAUAUUUAUGUGCAAAAACUAAAAGAACCAAAUUUUUUUCCUUUGAGAAAUAUCAUGUAUUUUGGAUGUAUUAACAAGCAUAUUGAAGCAAAUGUGAAAUCCUUAAUCCAGUUAGAUAAUAAAUUUAGAGAAAAA